GAGUGGUCAGCAUGAAGUUACUAGUGGUAGCAGCGUUUUUGGCAGUGGCCUGCGCCACCGUCAUCAAAGAUGACUUUGACUUUGUCAUCAAAAAAGAAAACCUGGUCAACGUGGACGUCAAGACCAAGGAAAUGUGCCUCCUGAAGCUGCUGAACCACAUCCUCCAACCGACGAUGUACGAUGACGUCAGGGAGAUCGCUCGGGAGUGGACCCUCGAAGACAACAUCGACAAGUACCUGAAAGCCGAUGUCGUCAAGAACUUCGCCGACAUGUACAAGAACGGCAUGCUCCCGCGCGGCGAGGUGUUCGUGCACACCAACGAGAAGCACCUGGCGGAGGUGGUGCGAGUGUUCAAGCUGCUGUACUUCGCCAAGGACUUCGACGUGUUCCUGCGCACCGCUUGCUGGCUGCGCGAGCGCAUCAACGGCGGCAUGUUCGUCUACGCGCUCACCGUCGCCGUCUUCCACAGGCCCGACUGCAUCGGCAUCGUCCUCCCCGCCCCCUACGAGAUCUACCCCUACUUCUUCGUCGACGACCACAUCAUCAACAAGGCCUUCAUGGUCAAGAUGACCAAAGCGGCCCUCGACCCCGUCAUCAAAGACUACUACGGCAUCAAGGUCACCGACAACAACAUCGUCGUCAUCGACUGGCGCAAGGGCGUCCGCCACACUAUGACCGAGUUCGACCGCACCAACUAUUUCACCGAGGACAUUGACCUGAACACUUACAUGUACUAUCUGCACAUGAACUACCCAUACUGGAUGACCGAAGACGUCUACAACGUGAACAAGGAGCGUCGCGGUGAGAUUCAGGCGUACACUGCGCAGCAGCUGUUGGCCAGGUUGAGGCUGGAGCGUCUCGGUCGCGGAAUGUGCGACAUCAGGAUGCUGAUGUGGAACGAGCCUCUGAAGGAGGGCUACUGGCCCAAGAUCCGCAUGCACAACGGCGAGAGCAUGCCCGUGCGCCAGAACCACAAACUGCUCCUCACCAAAUACAAUGUUAAGGAAAAGAUCCUUCUUGAAGACAUUGAGACGAUCAUUCGCGAAGGAAUCCUGAAGGGCAAAAUUGAGUUGCGCGAUGGCACUACACUCAUCCUCAAGAAGCCCGAAGACAUUGAAACUCUCGCUCGCCUCGUCCUGGGAGGCAUCAACAUGAAGCACGACCACGCCAAGGUCAUUCACGUCACCAACCUCUUCAAGAGGAUGCUCUCUUACAGCCAGUAUAACCUUGACAAGUACACCUACGUCCCCACCGCCCUGGACAUGUACACCACAUGCCUGCGCGACCCUCUCUUCUGGAAGCUGAUGAAGCGCAUCGACAGCAUAUUCAUGCUCUACAAGAACCUGCUGCCUAGAUACUCGCACGAGGACUUGGACUUUGCCGGAGUCAAGAUCGAGCACGUCAUGACCGACAAAUUGGUCACUUUCAUGGACGAAUACGAUGUCGACAUCACCAAUGCCAUGUACCUUGACAAGACUGAGAUGCAGAAGAAGAGAUCCGACAUGGUGUACGUAGCUCGCAUGCGCCGCCUCAACCACCAUCCGUUCAAGGUCACCGUGGACGUCGUCUCCGACAAGGCCGUCGACGCUGUGGUCCGCGUCUUCAUCGGUCCCAAAUAUGACUGCAUGGGCCGUCUGCUCAACAUCCACGACAUCCGCCACGACAUGGUUGAAAUCGACAGCUUCUUGUAUAAACUUGACACCGGCAAGAACACCAUCGUCCGUGACUCCCUUGACAUGCAUGGUGUCAUCCAGCAGAGGCCUUGGACUCGCCACGUGAUGGACCGCUCAAUAGACGAAAUGGGUGUCGGCGUCAAGAUGGUCGACAGCUGGUGGUACAAGACUCGCAUGGGCUUCCCUCACAGGCUCCUCCUUCCUCUGGGCAACCACGGCGGCCUCCCGCUGCAGAUGUUCGUGAUCGUGACCCCCGUGCGCACCGGCCUCAUCCUGCCGAGCCUGGACAUGAGCAUCAUGAAGGAACGCCACGCGUGUCGCUGGACCACGUGUAUCGACACCAUGCCUCUCGGCUUCCCCUUCGACAGAGAGAUUGAUGAGAGCCACUUCUUCACAAAGAACAUGAAGUUCACAGACAUCAGGAUCUUCAGAAAAGACCUGGACACUGCCAACAUGGUGAAGGACAUGGACAUGUCCGAGAUGGUGAUGAAGCACGACGACUACACCUACUUGGACACCGACAUGUUGAUGAGAAGAACCUACAAGGACGUCAUGUUGAUGAGCGUCGACAACAUGACCCACAUGUGAACUAACAUGAAUUUAUUUAUUACUUAGUUAGAAAUAAAGAGCAUAGAAUGAAGUAAA